AUGGGCUCAGGGAAGGAAGCUCAACGCAAUGAGGUGCAGGGACCUGUUUUUUGGAGCGAGGUUGACCUCGGCGAGGAGCCGAUUCCUGUCCCGGAACAAGCGUUGGAUCCUGAGUGCUCGCGGAGUUCGGGCUUCACGGUGGUGAACGCCACAGACUUUUUCCGAAAUGACGCCUGCUCAAACGUUGAAACUGAGGAAGUGGGGUGGAUCAGUGCGUCUAGACGGCUGCGCUCUCGCUCAGGUUCCGUUUGGAGGCGCCUGCGCAAUCGCCUAUGGCAAAGCGAGGACGGCGAGUUGCAGUUCAGGGGAGGCGAGCCUGCCGAGCCCCUUGCGGAGCGGACAGCGACUCCCGGUAGUGCAAAGCAGUCGCAGAACAGUGCACAUCACUCACGCUGGCAUGUUUUGAGGACCUUCAAGUCUUCCGGAGAGCUACUGGACUGGGAAGAGUACCAGGGAAAACUAGCACAAGAAUGGGAACAAGAUAUCAUCCCCAACUGGGAAAAGCGAUUGAAAUCGAAACGCAUUCGGAGCCUGAUCUUUGAAGGAAUACCUUCGAACGUCCGCGGACAAGCCUGGCCUCGGUUGAUUGGAAAUGCUAUGCAAAUCGCUCCGGGUCUGUUCGAUGUCCUUUGCGAACAAGCGAAAAGGACUCGACGUGCGUUGCAUCACCAGGACGCUACAAUCGGCCAAGCAGAUGGGGAUUUGGGCGGCGCUGGUGGUGAGGCAGAGACAUUACUUACACACCAAAAGGAGCGAAUGGACGGAGGCAUUUGUCCAGCUGCCCAGAAAGCGAUCGUUCUCGAUCUGCCUCGCACUUUCCCACAGCUGGGGUUUUUCCACGCGGAAGGCUCGCCGUUUCAGAGCGAGCUUCGGCGCCUUUUAGAGGCAUACGCCCAUUUUCGUCCAGAAUUCGGGUAUUCGCAGGGCAUGUCCUACCUGGCUGCUGCGCUAUUGCUGUAUCUAGAUGCUCCGACUGCGUUUUGUUGCUUUGCGAACAUUCUCUCCAAGUCCCGCUGCCUGUCCUCAUUUUACAAAAUGCAGAAUCCCGAAGUGCAGGCUUAUCUUUUGCUGCAACAGAGACUAGUUUUUUCGGAGAAUCCCGUACUGGCAGCUCACUUUGAUGCCAUAGGAAUUGAGUCCGACAUGUAUAUCAUCAGCUGGAUCAUGUCCCUCUACUGUCGAGUGCUUCCCUUGGAUGAUGCUCUUCGCAUAUGGGAUGCGUUUUUUCUUCUCGGUGAUGCUUUUCUGUUCAAGGCCGCCCUUGCUAUCCUUAGAGUGCUGCAGGAUUGUCUUUUGCGCGGCAAUUUUGAGGACUGUGCGUACACUCUGUCGCAUCUUCCAGAAACUGUAACUGCUACUUCCAUAUUUGCAGAAGUGCGUCAGGUGCGGUUCUCUCGCAAGCGUUUCGCUGAAAUAUUCGAGGAAUGUCUCGUCGUUGCUGCGCAGAAUAGCGCGAAGACUCCUUCAAAGCAGCGCACCCCCAGCCGCAUCCGGCAUCAGAACGACCCUGAUGACGGCGCCGGGGAGUGCGCUACCCCACGCCUACCUGACGCAGCACCCCGAUGA